CACAAAGUCCCGAAGUCCGCUUUCCAUCGGAAGGCUACGCUACGCUCGUCCGCGCCUCGAUUGUUGUACACGGUGCUGCGUUAUCGACGGUUCUUCUGUUUCGUUUGUUUUUUUUUUUUUCUGCUUCCUUCCAUUUUUUUUCUCAUCUCCACGUACUCGCGGCAACGGUAACGGAUAAAAAAAAACAAAAAAAAAAAAAAACAAAACAAAAAAUAGGGAAACGAAAAACGCGUUCUCGAGUUCUUCCAAGGAGUCGUCGAGUCGUCGAGGAUCCCGACAUAUAAUAAUAUCUCGACUCACCGGUUGUGUAAACGAUCGGCUAAACACCGAGGUAUUCGAGUACACGAAAAUCCAAGGACAAAGGUUUUUAUUUUGUGACGGUGUGUUGCACAGUGUCAUGGGGAUCUGGGAAUUUUGAGAAAGGACCGUAUGACAGAACCAGGAAGGGGACGCGGUGGUCUGGACUCUGGACCUAGAGAUUAUUAGGGGGAGAGAAUCUUGUAAAAAUGUCAGACGGAGGAACGGACAACCCGGCAUUUUCGAAUGACGAAUGCCACGUCUCUGAUAAUUCGAAUACAACGCACGAGAAUAGUCACACCGAGAGCUUGCAGAAUAGCCAGAUAACGGUGGACAACGAUUAUAAAACUCCGAUAUUAGACGAGCAGGUAUCGUCCGGCGCAGAUGAGAAUAUCGAUAAAAAUGGCCAUCGACAAUCAUUCGUGUCGCAACACUACGUGGAACCGAUAAGAACCAGCCCCGAACCCCGUUACACGACUGAGACGAGGAUAGAAUUGCCGGCGGAAAAUCAAGACAAGGUUCCAACGCCGACGAAAUCGAACGGGGUUCAUGGAAACGGGAACAAUAACGACGCGAGUUUUCUCAACACAAGCACAGCCAGUGUUCAAAAUAACGAUGGAAAAAAGGAACAAGUGGAAGCCGUUAAUUUGGAAUUGGUGUCGAUGAGGCCAUACAGCGGUCCAAAUGCUCAAACUAAGGGACAGGAAGCUUGCGAAGUCCCGGCAGACCCGUACGAAGAAUAUUUUGUACCAGUAAACGAGCACAGAAAGUACAUCAGCAGAAGUCCUGAUGCUGAAGUUGAAACGACUGUCGCUGGGGUUCGUUUCGAUUUGGGCCCAGGACUGGGGCGCGAAGGACUUAGCCUGAGAGAUCCCGCUGCUGGACUGGUUGACUAUUCCCAUUGGCUGACCGCCCUCAGAGGAGAGAAAUUGUACGUCACAAAGGAUAAGAGAUCCAGAAGCUCGUAUUGGAGACGGAUAGCUUGCUGGGGAUGUGGGCUAUUGGUAUUGGCCAUUGCUAUCAUCAUUGCAAUACUAGCUGCCACGGGUGUUAUUCUUACGCAAGAAGCUACGCAGCCUUUGGAAAGCCACGAUCACACAAGUUCACGGCAAUUCGGCGAUAUCAAAACAUCAGGCAGUCAAGAAUACAUGAGAAAUCCACCGUCGAGUCCUCCCCCGGAAGCCACGAGUUUUUCACCGUGGCCGACGACUGACGAAACCGUUUACGAAAUUAUUCCAAAAGCCCUGGAAGGUUCGCUUACGUUGGACGAUCUUCAAUGGACGGACGAUAUGAACGAUCCCAAAUCCAGAGUUUACAGAGAUGUUUCGGAACAAAUCGAAGAAAAUUUGAAAGACAUCCUGCACUUAGCGGAACAUAUGUCCGUUGUAAAAGUGUACAAUAUCAGUCAGGACGGCGAAGUUAAAUUCAGAAUUAGUUAUCCACCGGUACCAACACCCGAACAGAUGCAGACUAGUAUCGAAAAAAUGUUGCAGAAAUCCGGGAGCAUGAUUGGCAAAUACCAUCUGUCGAAACUUAACAUCGCUCACUUAGUCGACGACUGUAAACACGGUCAGCUGAACUGCAGUGAAAGUUGCCGAUACGAUUAUUCCGACGGAAUUUUUGUCUGUUCGUGUUUCCCUGGUAAAAAGCUGGAAAGCGACGGUAGAAGUUGCGUGGAUGAAAAUGAUCUGAGUAAUGUUGAUAUGGAUGAUGAAAUUACGUUCGGCCCGAGUACGGAAUCUGGCCAAAACGGUGUACAAGGAAGAAGUCGAGGUCCGGAAACAACAUUCAAUCCGAGGCAGCAAGAAUUUGCUACCGUUAAUCCCGAACUCGGAGAAACCACUGAAAUCAUUCAGAGUAGAGUUAACGUCCCUGAAAUUCAUGGAGAGCCGGAGCCCGCAUCGGAACCCAAAUCAGUACCAGAACCAAUCAGCGAACCAAAUUCAGAACCAGAACCAUCCACGGAGCCCACAUCGGAACCAGGUCAUAUUGUAGGUCUGGGGCCAGUACUUGAGCCUACAGCUGAACCAGCAUCGGAACCCGAACCAGCUUCGGAACCCGAACCAUCAUCUGAACCCAAUGCGGAGCCUGUGCCAGCAGCAGAACCCAAAUCUGAACCACAACCGUCUUCCGAACCCGAGCCAAAAAGCGAACCAAACUCCGAACCCGAACCUGCGAGCGAACCCAAAUCUGAACCACAACCGUCUUCCGAACCUGAGCCAAAAAGCGAACCAAACUCCGAACCCGAACCAGCGGCAGAGUCCAAGUCAGAACCAGAACCAUCCGCUGAGCCCAAAUCAGAACCAGAACCAUCAGCUGAGCCCAAGUCAGAACCGGAACCAUCAGCUGAGCCCAAAUCAGAACCAGAACCAUCAGCUGAGCCCAAAUCAGAACCAGAACCAUCAGCUGAGCCCAAAUCAGAACCGGAACCAUCCGCUGAACCCAAGUCAGAGCCAGAACCGUCCGUAACAUUAGUACCAUCCGCUGAACCAAAAUCCGAAUCUGAACCAGCUCCUGAAUCCAAAUCAGAACCAGAAUCAUCCGUGAUAUCUGUACCAUCCGCUGAACCAAAAUCCGAAUCUGAACCAGCUCUUGAAUCCAAAUCAGAACCAGAACCAUCCGUGAUAUCAGUACCAUCAGCUGAACCAAAAUCCGAUGCGGAACCGCAUGCUGAACUUGAGGCAGAGCAUGUUACCACAGCUGAGCCAAAAUCAGAACCUGAACCAACAACCGAACCACAAUCCGUACCGCAAGCGUCUUCCAAAGCUCAUUCCGAACCGAAUGACGAAUUUAAAGUAAUCGCCGAACCAAAUUCUGAAGUCAGUUCAGCUGCUGAACCAUCGUCAGAACCCGUCGCAACUGUUGAGCCCAUAUCGAAAGGAAAGCCAGAUCCAGAGCACGUACCACUUGCGGAACCAGAGCCUGAACCUGGCAUGGUAGAAAAAUCAAAGAUCGAACAUACUUCGAUUGGUCAAUCAGAGUCAUCAAGUAACAUGAACAAGGAUGGAAAUAUGUAUACAGGCAUUGGAGAUUAUGCUGGAACCUCUACAGUCUCACCAGAGCGUUUCCCUGGAGAAGUCAUUCAAGAGUCAGAUGUAACUAAAAAUUUCAGGGAAUAUGAGUCAACGAAACCGACUGGUAACUUCGAAGGACAGCUGUUUGAACCGACCGUACAACCUGAACCAAAUGUAGACACGGCGAAUAAACUCAAUCAAACAACAUUACUGUUUCCAAAUAUCGAAUCAAUAUCUGAACAGAAACCUAACGAAAAUGAGCCUGAACAUGCCGACGUUCCAAAAAUUGAUUCAGUCCAUUAUGUCACAAACAACCAAGGAAUGAGCAGGGGAUUCAAUUCGAACGAAAAUGAAACAUACCUACGAUCACAGUCAGGUGAACCAAUUGCUGACAAUUCGCAGCUCCCUAAUGGCAUGCUACAGCCAGAAGUUAAUGCGAGAUCUAAAGAUAUUUCUGAUUAUGACUCCUUCUUCGGAUCAGAAAUCGAAACUACCACAACUGUCGAACCUGCAAAUGACGUUUCAAGAUUUGAGCCCCUACCAGAAUCAGUUCCCAAUUUGUUGUCUCAGUCGAAUGCAUUAGAGAAUACGACCCAUCUUCCGACAACCAAAGAGGCUGGUGAAAUGAACGAGUCUAACAGCGACAGUGAUAAAGAAAUUGAAACGAAAACUCACAGAAUUGGAAUCGAACCCGAAUCGACAGCAGAACCUGUGAGUAUGACCGAAUCAUCUCAAAGUGCAGUGGACGGUAGUGAUAUGAAACCAGAUCAAGAACCUCCAAACAUGUUUGAUGAAACACUGCAAGAAACGACCGAGCAUAACGUCAUAGAAAAUAUGCCUGCUACGGUACUUCAAUCGCUUCCAAAAUUAAUCGGGGCAAAUAUCGAACCACUAAUUGAACCUGUUAGCAAUGAAUCAUCUUCCGAAGGCCAAAAUAUCAUGGUCAUCGCGUCCACUACAGACUCUCUUCCACACUCGGUGCACAGUAUCGUUCCAGAAUUAUCGCCCGAACAAAUCACUAAUGCUGGAUCGAAGGAGAAUUCUGUUCAGAAUGAUUCUCGAGUCGAUAAUGUUGAUAUUGAGCACCUCACCGAUACGAAUACCGAUACCGAUACGAAUAAAAGACAACAAGUUAUUGCGAAUCAGACUUCGACUCAAUCAGAGAAUGGGAUAAUUCACGAACACCCGUUGUAUCCAGUUGUGUUUGCAGAAAAUUCCGUCGAUCAUCACGUGGGAAAAAUUGAAUUCUCCGAAGAGAAACAGCUGGAUGAUAUGUCUCCGUUUUUACCGGACAUUCAGCACGAAAAAGAAACGUCGAAAAAAGCACCGAGAUUAGAUAAAGAUGAACAAGAUGUCCCAAAUCCAUUUGAUACGCGGAUACCGGACGUGGUUGCACACCACCCUACUAUUAAUGCUGAUAAUAAGACUAACUUGCAGAGCGAUGCGAGUAACACGGGAAUUAGCGCUGGCUCAUAUGAAGUCAGAGAGACAUUAAAUGACACUGAUUUUGAAUCGGUUGUACCGAUUAAAAUCCAAAUCAGUAACGAAACUAAUUUAGAUCAAGGUACCGACGCCAUGGAAGAUAAAAGGAACCAGGUGCCAAUGAUUAUGACCGGAUUAUUUGCCGGAGAGACAGAAAAAACUACUCAAGACCAUGUAGAACACGCGUCGCAUGUCGAUAAUGGCACAAGUCAUGAUACAGCCAAGGAUGAUAACGAUUUUGGCGAUGAAAAAUAUGAUUUUACGCAAGCGAUGGAUAACUCGAAAGUUUUAGUGCAGAAUUCCAGUGAAAGUAAUGUUCUCGGUUCUGUAAUUGCAAACGGUGUGGGCAAACACGAUUCCCAAAAAGAAAACGAGACAUCGGUUGAAACAGAUAUCGUAACUGAUUCAGCAGAUUCUCUUGGAAUUAUAAAUCAACGCCGAUCGGAAGCAACAGUUCCUUCCGGAUCGAAAGACUCCAACAGCGGCGAAGUCUUGAGUGUUGUGCCGUUGGAAGGAGUGACCGAAAAGUCCGAAACCACGUCGCCUUCUACAGGAAGUCCGAGUGACGCUCAGAGUUCCACAGAUAAAGUAAGAGUUUUGACUCUACCUGAAAAUGACGAGCAUACAUCCGAUAAACAGAAGAUUGGCUAUGCGGAUGAAACCAAUAACGAUUAUACAGAAAGAAAUUUUGAGGAUUUGUAUAAUGAUAUCGUGGAUGACACCGAGCUGAAUAACCUACCGAAACAUUUCAAAGGAGAUAGAAACGAAGGGACCAACGGCGGUCUGCUCGCUUCAAGUAAUGGAAAUUCUCAAAACUCAACAUUGGAACUUACAACAAAUAAUCAAAGUUCAGCCGAGCAAUCUACCGAACAUAACGAAGUCUCACACUUCGCUCAUAGCGAAUCAGACAUCCAAGCAACGACGGAAAUUAACUUAAAGGACGUUCCAACCAUUCUAAACGUCACGGAAAUCCAAAUAGUUACUGGAUUAGAUGAGCACGAGACCACAACGACAACAUUGACUUCGAGUCCACCGACAACUAUGCAGCCAGAAGAAAUCGUGCACGACUAUUCUAGUGAUGCUAAGCUGACAACUGAAGUCCCCAUUCUUCCGAUCGAGAUAGAGCACUCACAAUUGUUGCUUGAAACUUUCCAAAAGGAUGAUCAUAUUGCUAGCUCUGAAAAGCCCGUGGAUCAUCAAGACCAUAACGCCCAUGAUUCAACCACGAUUGUUAGCGACACAGAAGCAAGCACAAGCACUUUCCAGCCGGUUGUAACGAUUCUUGGUCUUAGUUCUGAAAGUAAUACUACUGCUCAAGUACCAAUUUUACCAGACGAGCUUGAAACUACGGAAAAUGGGAUUCCUACCACGACUCUUUCAGGAAAGAUAGCAGGUAUUCUUUCAGAUGCUAGUAGUGAGGGCCAUACAAUUUCUCCUGUACAAGACACAUCGUCACAGUCGGAUAUUCAAAAUGUUCCUGUGAUUGAAGUUAAGAAUCCGCAGUCCGAGAGUAAUGUUGAACCAGAUAUUCCAGGAGCCACAGAAAAAGCGUCGAAAACUGAUGAGUCGGGGGAUAUAUUGCAGCCCAAUAUAAAGCAGGAUGAAAAUAAAACUAUAACACCGGAACAAAAUGUGUUAACAAAUUUGGAGUAUCCUAGUUCAAGUGCAGAAGUUGAAAUGCAGCCAAAUGUUGAUAGACAAACGUCUACAACGCUGAGGUCGAUAUCAGCGGCCGACGAUAUCAGACCGGUGUCUGAGGCAGUGAUAGAUGAUGUAACUCCAUUUGAAUUCGAUUACAAGUAUCUGUAUUCGUCAACUGAAAAAAAUAAGCUCGAUUUUGUUGGGGAAUCCGAUGAAGAUCUGAUCAUGACAGUUACGCCUUUGGAAAAGCAAGACAUCAAGAAGAAAUCAUUGGAAAAAAAGACAUUCGAUAAAUAUAAGUACAAAAAGGAGAAAGAGUUGAGUUACGAAACUACGGGAAAUAAUGAAAAGACUGCACCAGAUUCUUGGGUCCCCACAACAAUGCUAUCUGCUGAAAUUCCUCCAACAAUCAUCACUGAGACCAUGCCUAACGAACCGUCCGUUGAACUGAACUCUUCCGAUACUUCUGGCGGCUCUAAAUCGAUUGCAGAAGGUCCAGUACCAGCGAAUAACGCAAGUGAAACAUUACCUCCUAAAACCGAUUCGGAUGUUGACCUUGCGGACAAUGAAACCCACACACACGUGGAAUCACCUAGCGAUCUCAUUCCUCAGACCGAGGAUAUUCAAAAUUCUGAAGAUAAAAUGGUCAAAGAAUCCAUCCUGGAGAAUCAAAGCAUUUCAACUCCCGGUACCCAGCUAUUCAAUGAAACAGACAUACGAUCUGUUAACGCAAACAUUCCAAAUGCGACAGUCAGUUCAACUGAUCCUGGUAUUGAGACCAGUGAAAGACCAACCGAAAAUUCAGGCAGUACGCCGAAUAAUGCUGAUAAAGCUGUCGAGAAAUCGACCACACCUAGUAUGGCUUCAAUAGAAACUCCUGCUUCAUUAGCUGAGACUGUUGACAAGCCUCUUCCAGAUAUCUCUAUGCAUCCACCAAACUCAUUCUUCUCCAAAUGUACUACCGGACAGUUCCAGUGUGUGAAUGGUACUUCGAGAGAUGGUGCAUAUUGUGUAAGUUCAGCUGCAAAGUGCGAUUCGGAGAAUGACUGUUCUGAUGGCUCCGAUGAAACAAAUUGCGAACGAGACGGGUGCCCGGGAAAUUUCCAGUGCGCCAGCGGGCAAUGUCUCAAACGACACCUGGUCUGUAACGGAAUCGAAGACUGCGACGAUGGUAGCGAUGAGAAGACAUGCGAGGCUUGGAACUGUCAGUUUGACGAAUUCCAGUGCCCUAAUGGCAGGUGUAUUCCAUUCUUAUGGAAAUGCGAUGGUCGCCCAGACUGCGAGGAUCAUCGUGACGAGUACUCGUGUGCUGAGAGCUGCGGAAACGAUGAAUAUUUAUGUCCAACAGAAAAGUGGUGCAUUCCUCUCACUUGGCACUGUAAUGGAAUACCCGAAUGUGCUCAUGGGGAGGAUGAAAAAUUAUGCGACUGUGCAUUAGAUCAAUUCAAGUGCCAGACCGGAGGAUGCGUGCCUUUGAAUCUGGUUUGCGAUGGUGUAGAACAUUGUCCAGAUCAUUCAGAUGAAUGGGACUGCCUGGUAGCAAACAUGACCGCUGAGCAAGAUAACAUAGAAAUCCAAAAAGAAUAUGAUCAUGAUGGUCAUACAGAUUCUGAUCUGGUCGGGCAUGCGAUAACAUUGAACAUCAGACAACCAAAUGGCGAGCGUCGUCUUGUAUGCUCUGAUAAUUGGACUUCAGAAGUUAGUGACUCGUUCUGCAGAGAACAGGGAUACUUUUCAUCCGAAUCUACAAACAUGUUACAGUUCAAUGAGGGCCUGAAACUCUUCAAACUUAAAUCACAGCCAAAUCUUAAACUACCAUUGGUUGCAAAUUUAGAGCAUGCGGAAAUUUGUGAGGCGGGAAAAAUAGUGCAAGUCUCUUGCCAAGACUUCUCCUGUGGUUCUCACUAUCCAGAAGGACCCACAGCCAGAUUAGCUGGUGGUACACCUGCUGGUGAAGGACAAUGGUCAAGCGUGGCUCUUUUGAAAGAACGAAAACAUGGUGUGGCUUGCACAGCCAGCAUUCUGAGCCCGAUGCAUGCACUCGUCAGCUAUUCCUGCAUCCAUAAAUACCGGCAGAGUACCGAGUGGCAGCUGUUUACUGGUGGAGAUAUGGUAACACCUCAUUAUAUACGAAAGAUCAUGCCAUACCCACAAGUUAAAUACAACCAGUUCUUAUACAAUAAUGAUAUGGCCUUGGUCGAACUUGAAGUUCCUUUGGUCUUCUCUCGCAACGUUAGCGCGGUCUGUCUUCCUCGACAUCCAAUUCAGCCAAGACAAUUGUGCGUAACAGCAGGCUGGGGUUUUCCGACAAACGGAGAAAUCAAUCUGCAACAGUAUUUGAAAUUCUUGCCUGUUCCUACCCAUGACUCUGAUGAUUGUAAUGCUACGAGUCACUAUGCGGGCUUCAUAACAAAGGACAACAUUUGUGCUGGAUUCACAGACACAGAUAAGGGACCUUGUUACGAUGAUGAAGGAGCACCGCUCAUGUGUGCUAGCGAAACUGGCCGGUGGGAACUUCAGGGACUCUUGAGCCAUCACAGCCGCUGUUCUCGAGGCCAUCCAGCUAUUUAUUCCAGUUUGGCACCUGUGCUAUCCUGGCUUCAUCAUUCGGUACCAGCCUUGCAGGCUCGACCUUGAGUUAUGACUACCUCCCAUACAAGAUAUUAUUUUUCGAAUACAUAGAACUCAGUACGCAGUUGAUGGUCACUGCGUGUAGAUGUGUUAACACGUUUGAGAAAAUGCUGAUGUAAGAGAAAAAUAUUUUUUUCGGUUCAUUGAUUGAACAUGAAUGGAACCGUGCAAGCUACUUAGACUAAGGAACGAAAAUGUAUAUAUUGUAUAAAGAAACUGUUUGAUAUGGUAUGAAAAUCUUUUUCUCGAUAUCUAUAAAGAUACAUCCAGGUGACAGGGUCCCUUACUGAUUCAUCAUCUACAAACAUACAAGAAAAACUAUUCUGGCAACGCAGUCAAACCUGUGCGACUGACCGCUACGUGACAUUUGCUCAAAUACCGUGCAAAGAACGUAACUAACAAUAAGAAGUUUUUUUCUAUUAUCGUGUCAAGUUUACGAAUCAUUCAUGAUUUAACAAAAUUUCCCGAGUAGGUCUAGAACUACAUUUUAUUUAUAGAAAAUUUGAUGUGAUGGAUGAACAUGUGUGGUGUUUGUGUGAUUAAGGGGCCCUUAGCCUCAUUUCAUCAUAUGAAUCGUAUGCAGGAAACGAUUUGUAUAGAUUUUUUUAUAGGAUUUCCGAAACAAAUGUCAGUGGUAUAGUUAGAAGUUACAUUAUACAUGCGUUAGGUAUAGAUAGGAUAAAUGUAUAUAAUAUAUAACUAUUUUAAUACAUUGUUAUGGAAUUAUAACGUCAAUACACGUUUAUGUAUGCAUAUAGUCAAUGAUGAGUGCCUAAGUAUUUUUAUAUCUUAAGAAAGAAAAAUCAGUAAAUUUAAUAAUAAUGCAAUA